CCCGGGCCCCGGGGCGGGCCGGGUUGGGUUGGGUUGCGCGGUGCGGCGGUAGGGUCUGUCGCUGUGGGGAGGCAGGAAAAUGGCGCUGACGCAGGGGACCAAGCGGAAAGUCUGCUACUACUACGACGGUGAUGUUGGAAACUACUAUUAUGGGCAAGGACAUCCAAUGAAACCCCACAGGAUCCGGAUGACCCACAACCUACUGCUGAACUAUGGCCUCUACAGGAAGAUGGAGAUAUAUCGCCCUCACAAGGCAAACGCAGAAGAAAUGACCAAGUACCACAGUGAUGACUACAUAAAAUUUCUGAGAUCUAUUCGCCCCGAUAACAUGUCUGAGUACAGCAAGCAGAUGCAAAGAUUUAAUGUUGGGGAAGACUGCCCUGUGUUUGAUGGGUUGUUUGAGUUUUGUCAGCUCUCUGCUGGAGGCUCAGUUGCCAGUGCUGUGAAGCUGAACAAGCAACAGACAGAUAUUGCUGUGAAUUGGGCAGGAGGCCUUCACCACGCUAAAAAGUCGGAGGCUUCUGGCUUCUGUUAUGUCAACGAUAUCGUCUUAGCUAUCUUGGAGCUCCUAAAGUAUCACCAGAGAGUGCUGUAUAUUGACAUUGAUAUUCACCAUGGAGAUGGCGUGGAGGAAGCCUUUUACACCACAGACCGCGUCAUGACCGUUUCCUUCCAUAAGUACGGAGAAUACUUCCCAGGAACAGGGGACCUGCGGGAUAUUGGUGCAGGCAAAGGCAAGUACUACGCUGUCAACUAUCCCCUGCGGGACGGAAUUGAUGAUGAGUCCUAUGAAGCAAUAUUCAAGCCGGUGAUAUCUAAAGUGAUGGAGACGUUCCAGCCUAGCGCAGUUGUCUUGCAGUGCGGGUCAGAUUCUCUGUCAGGGGACAGGCUGGGUUGUUUUAAUCUGACCAUCAAAGGUCAUGCCAAGUGUGUGGAGUUUGUGAAAAGUUUUAAUUUGCCUAUGCUGAUGCUGGGAGGAGGUGGCUAUACGAUCCGCAACGUGGCUAGAUGCUGGACCUAUGAGACUGCUGUGGCUUUGGACACUGAAAUUCCCAAUGAGCUUCCAUAUAAUGACUAUUUUGAGUACUUUGGACCAGACUUUAAGCUCCACAUCAGUCCUUCGAACAUGACUAACCAGAAUACCAAUGAGUAUCUUGAGAAGAUCAAGCAACGUCUCUUUGAGAAUCUGCGCAUGCUGCCUCAUGCCCCUGGCGUCCAGAUGCAGCCAAUUCCUGAGGAUGCUGUUCAGGAAGACAGUGGAGAUGAAGAGGAAGAAGAUCCUGAGAAACGCAUUUCAAUCCGCAAUUCUGAUAAAAGAAUAUCCUGUGAUGAAGAAUUCUCUGACUCUGAAGAUGAAGGGGAAGGAGGGCGCAAAAAUGUUGCCAACUUUAAGAAGGCUAAACGUGUGAAAACAGAAGAGGAAAAGGAGGAAGAGGAGAAGAAAGAUGAGAAAGAAGAGGAAAAAGCAAAAGAGGAGAAAGCAGAACCCAAAGGGGUGAAGGAAGAGACAAAAUCCACCUAAGAUGGCUGCAGCUGGACAGUAUGUCAGUGUGUAGUUGUCAUAGGUUAGCUUCUCUGGUUGCCUCCCAUUCCACAGGAUUUAUAUUUUAUAUAUGUUUCUGUAUAUAUUUCUAUAUAAAUAUAUAAAUGACUUGAGAAUUGUAAAUUAUUCCUUGCUGCACUCCGCUGGGAGCAGAUAGGGAGGAUUCUGCGGAGUAGACAGACCUGCACUGCCCAGAUUUGGUGACUGGGAAGUUUCACUCUUGCCUUCCACUGCCUCCUUAGUGUGUCUUUAAAAAAAUCACUUCCUUUCUUUACUCUCUCCUCUGACAUAACCACCCUUGGAAAAGAAUAAGUAGAAGUAGUAUUUGCAUUUCAGGUUAGGUGGAAAGAUGGCCAUGAAAAUUUUUUCUUUUUUUUCUCUCUCUCUCUCUUUUUUUUUUUUUUUUUUUUUAAUUAUUAUUGUGGGAGAACAUGAGUUCCCAAAUGAAGCCUGUGAGAGACUGACUAUUCCUUUGGUCUUCAGUUUGAUUCCACCGUAGCAAGUAACUGCAAGCUGGUGCCGCUUCUCAGGGUCAAAUAGUGCAGUUCUUGAAUAGAGUUGGCUACCUCCCUGCAGCAAACUUGUGGAAAGAGACGAAGCAGCUUAAAAGCGAUCUGAAAAGCGCUUUAGUGAAUCAGCCCAAGAGCCCUGCAGGUGCAGAUCUGGAAAAUGCAAAAUGAAAAUCACCCUAAUGUGGUGGUUAACAUUUUCCAAGAUCUUGCAGAUCCAGUUAGUGUGACAGCAUUAUACAUCUCGAGUAAGAGAAGAGAUGAAAUUUUUAUACCUUUUUUUUCUAUACCUAUGCCCCUCUUUGGGGGAGGAAGUGAGUUACUGCCCGUUUGGCUGCCUGCUUUGCUUUUCUUGCUUGUUCUGCCCUCGGCUCCACAUGCUGUAAUUUGCUUCCUCAGUACUGACUGGUGUCCUAGGCUGAAACCUCUGCAGAAGCUCCCAAUUCCUCUAAAGGCCAGACCGCACCGAGCCUGGCUGAAACCUCUUGUCGAUGUCACUUGCUGAAAAACUCUUCUCUGAAGUGAAGUACAAAUGUUUUCCAAUUGAACCUUUCCUCCCUCUUGCUCUCAAGGCCAGUAAAUAUGGAGAACCUUUUUAUCAGCCUCUGAGCUGUUAUCUUUAUAAGGGAACAGCAGAUGGGGCUCUGUACAUUUUUAUAACUACUCCUCUUCCUACUCCCACGCAUUAUCUCACACCCAAAAGUCUUUUGUGACCAGAACUGGCCUUUCCUUUGCAUCUUGUUUUGUACAGCUGAUCAUUAGAUGAGCUUUUGGUGAAAUGCUUUGCAGAAGUUUUGCAGGCAGUUUUGGCUCGCUGCUCUCCUUUCUCAGGGGGAUUCCUCUGUCCAUAAGAGGAUCUGUACCUCCCACGGAGCGCUGCUGAUGGUUUCAACUCUAAUAAUGCUGCUAACUUAACACAGGUUAUUUUUUAAAUGUUUUAUUUUUUUAAAUACUUUUUUUCCCUUUUCCACCGUGAGUUUUUUAGUCUUUUUGGAUCUGAGUGACAUGUCACUCCUGCUCUUCAGUGUUUGUAUGUGAAGCGAGAGAGAUCAGUGUAUCUUUGUGUCUGGGGGGGAAAUAUAUUGUGGUUUUUUAAAGAUGCUUUUAUUUUGAAUUUUGAGAAUCUUUGUAAUAAAACUGGUACAUUUCUA